UCCGUGAAAUUGUUCAAGAUUUUCGUUAUAAUGGCUUACCCAAAAGUAUCAAACGUACUGCGAAGAUGCUUAAGAUGAAAUCAAUUUCUUACCAUUACCUUACCUUCACAACAACGUUUGAAGCCAACAAUUUCUCCUUUGCAACAUGUUCCAAUAGAAACCCCAGUAACAAUCGACAACAACAACAACCAGAAUCACAAUCAAACCAGCAAAACCAGUUCACCUUUCCUCCAGUCAUGCUCUUUCACAUAAGCCAAUGAGAUUCUUGCUUUACCACUUCAAAGAAAUACACAGGCGCUUCAUCCCAUUGGUCGACAGCCACCAAAGAGCACGUGCUAUGCUUAUAGUUAACCAGUUACCACCACCACAUUUAAUUCUCCCUCCGAUUUUAUUCCCACUUGCAUCAAACAAAAACAAGUUGAAGAGCCCUUUUUUGUAUGAUAGCUCGUCCCAGGUAAGGUAAAGUAACAACCACUGCCACCAAUAUAAAUAGGUAUCCCGAUUUACCUGUUUCAUCAGAUUCGAUUUUGCUUUCGAAGGAUUAACAUCGUUAGGAUAUUCACAUUAAUAUCCUCUCUCGUUAGUGUUGUGAAGUUCGUGGUUUUAAAAAUCAUUUUUUUAAAAAUCCUUGUAAGAAAAAUUUAGUAAAAAUGGCGUCAAGUGAAGUUUUCCGUUAUUAUUAUUCAACCUCGGAUGAUUUGCAAUCUCUCAAGGCAUCCCAAGAGCCUUUUUUCAAUCCAAUGGCAGCUUAUAAUGGAAGUGUUCAAUUUCAAAACCAAGGAUUCUGUAAUUUCGAACAUGCCUCUUCCGAUGGAUGGAAUACACCUUCUCCGGCUAGUUAUCGUUCACCAAGUCCGGAAUAUGUGGAUUUGAAUACCAUUUAUAAUGGACAAGUUAUUGCAGCUUCUGCAAACACUGCACCAUCUCAUAUGCCUUUGGAUAUUUUGACUCAUCAAAUGCAAAUGCCUGCUCAGGAAAUCCAAACAAAUCAAAUUACUGGAUCUUCAAAUAUCGGAACAUGCAAAGUGGCUACCAAGAAACGUGUUUACAAUCGAAAGACACCAACUUCUACCACGACCACUUCUAUUCCAAAACUACAAUCUAGUGAAGCAGCAGUUUAUCCCGAUAUGAUUCCUGAAGACUUGAAUCAUUUCAACUUUUCCGAAUCGGGAAUUUUCGACGAUUCAGUUUCGGAUGAUGACAUGAUGAUGUUCCAAGAUGAUUUUGGAGCUAGUGCAAGCCAGAGUGACAAUAGUACAUAUGAAAAUGAUGGAACCACAAAUGAAGGUCAAGGUGGUAAAAAAAGACGUGGAAAGCAGGUAUCUCCUGUUGUUAAGAAGAAGCGACGUCUUGCAGCUAAUGCCAGAGAACGCAGACGGAUGCAAAACCUUAAUCAAGCAUUCGACAGACUCCGACAAUAUCUUCCUUGUUUGGGCAAUGAUCGUCAGCUAUCUAAACAUGAAACACUUCAAAUGGCACAGACUUAUAUCACAGCUCUAGGAGAUUUGCUACGAUAAAUUG